UCUUCAUGAAGAUUAACAAGGAGUUAUGGCUGAUGAAGCUUCAUUUCUUCUUGUACUGGGGAGGUAAGUAAAUGAGGACUCAGAUGUAUGUAGUUUAACACUUGCAUAAUUUCCACAACUUCGCAAGAAGCUGUCUCAGUUGCAUGGGUUGCUGUAGAAUGUGCCAUUAGAAAAUGAAUAUUUUCUUUACACAUCUCUACUUAAUUACGCAUGCGAGAAAACUUGGACAGCCUGAUGCUGUCCAAGUUUUAAUGAUGAGUCAGGUCUCGUCCAUAAAUUCAACCAAAUAAAUAAUUACAUCGUGUCGGAACAAUAAUUCUGACACCCAUGGUAUGUCAAAUUGCCAAUAAUUAAUUACGCCGGACGAGGGCAAACUUUGCGGAGAGCAAUAAAGACGUGAGAUAAACAUGGAGAGGCCAGGUCUCAACAAUAAAUAGGAGGCCCUUUUCAGCGUUCCUAUUGCUCUCGUUUCCAGUCUUGGACAGUAAAACAUAAAUUCAUAUUUAUCAUUCUCAAAUUAUUUGUUGCCUUCUUCACGAGAUUCUCCAAUUAAAUCCUGUUGAAAAGUCCGCGAAAACGGUUAUGGGAGACAUGCAUUGAAUUUCAUGUGGAACAUCAAAUUUCGAUUAUAUUUAUAAGUUUUAAUUUACAAUUUUUUGGAGUCUAAUGCAAAAGAUAAUACAUUUUUCAGGCCGUGUGUCAAGCACAAUCAAAUAUUGUUUCAUGUUAAAGGCAAAAAAAAAUAUUUCGUCAGGUAUGGCACCCGUUGUACCUUUCGGGCUGGUGAUAAGUCUUCAGUUGGGCGCCUCUGUCUCCCUGAUGGGGACGGUGGGUGCUGUAAUCCUAAUGCUAUCAGUAGUGGUGAAGCCCCUCUUCUCCACCUUGGCUGACGCCUUCCCUUUAACCCGCCGACCUCUCUUCGUCGGGAUGGUGCUGCUCUGCUGCCUCUCCCUCAGCGGCGUCGCGUUCGUUCCCCAGUUCACGAAGGCUCCUUGCUACGCCGACGCGUGGAUCGUGCAACGAGACAUCUUCAACUCGUCGUCGUUCAGCUUUACAUCUGGGAAUGAGGAUACUGAAGUAUCACUGCCUCAAGGGUUGGAGUUUGCACAAAGUGGCCUUUUGCCAAUCUAUAUUGUUAACCAGACUUUUUCAAAGCCUGGAUGUGGCGAGAAUAGUGUCACAGAACACAUGAGAUCAUCGAACGAAACUUCGAUACCAUGGGCAGAUCUACUUAUCGUCUUACCCAAGAACGGUUCCUGUGAGCUGGAGGCAGGUCGCGACUGCCAGUUUACUUGGACGUCGGCGCUGCUUCAACUGACGCUCGUCAACUCGUCUUCCAACUUCUCCACCUACGCCGUCGCCGCCCCUGGCGACGCCAGCGUCCAAUGUGUGCCAUCGCGCUACGCAGGCAGCCUGAAGUGCGUUGGAGGGCAGUGGGCCACGACAGAGUGCGGCGGUAAUCCUCUUCGUUCAAGAGCUUUCUGGUUCCUGGUGGUGCUCAAAAUCGUGUCCGAAAUAUCGUACUCGACGUCCAACUCCUUCACCGACGCUAUUUCGAUGGACAAGCUAGGUAAAGACGGUGACUAUGGAAGUCUUCGUCUGUGGGGGAUGUUGGGUUGGGGACUUCUCGGUCCUUUUGCCAGCUUCCUUGUGGACUGGCUCUCUGGAGAAGCGCAAACUAAAGACUACACACCAGCAUUCAUCCUGGUCGCUGUUUUCUUGGGGAUCGACAUAAUAGUUGCCAGCCGUCUUAAAGUGCCAGUCCUGAAGGUGGAGGACACAGUGUGGAAGGCCGUCAAGCCCCUCCUGAAACAGUUUCAUUUCCUCGUCUACCUCUUAUCUUCACUCAUGAGUGGCGUACUCAACGCAGUGCCACAACUCUACUUAAUCGCGAAGAAGUUGCGGCAGGAACUCCUGCCAUGAAGUGGAUAAAGCUUAUGCAAGGAUUGACGGUGUUUGUAAGAAGCGCGGCUGAGCUCCCCUGC